CACCGGAGGCGAGCCUGCUUAGUGAGAAAGUAGGAAUGGGUAACCGGGUCACCCGCGGGGAUUUCGAGUGGGUUUACACUGAACAGCCCCAUACGCAACGGAGGAAGGAGAUUUUGGCCAGAUAUCCAGCCAUCAAAUCUCUAAUGGGUUCAGAUCCCAAUUUAAAAUGGAUUGUGACAGGAAUGGUAUUCACUCAGCUUCUUGCCUGCUACCUGGUGAGAGAUUUAGCCUGGAAGUGGGUUUUCUUCUGGGCUUAUAGUUUUGGGGGCUGCAUCAACCACUCCAUAACACUAGCAAUCCACGAUAUCUCUCAUAAUGUUGCCUUUGGCAACAAGCACGCCAGGUUGAAUAGGUGGUUUGCCGUCUUUGCCAACUUGCCUGUUGGAUUACCUUACUCUGCCUCUUUCAAGAAGUACCACAUUGAUCACCAUCGAUACCUUGGCGGAGAUGCUUUGGAUGUGGACAUCCCUACUGAUUUUGAGGGCUGGUUCUUCUGUACUCCAUUUCGGAAACUAAUCUGGAUUGCCAUCCAGCCAUUUGCUUACAGUUUGAGGCCACUAUAUGUCAACCCCAAAGCAAUUACUGAAAUGGAAAUAUUUAAUGCUUUGGUACAAUUCUCUAUUGACCUUGCAAUCUAUCAUUUAUGGGGUUGGAGGCCUAUUGUUUAUUUAAUAGCAGGAACAAUCCUAGGCAUGGGUUUGCACCCUAUUUCUGGCCAUUUCAUAGCAGAACAUUACAUGUUUUUGAAAGGAUAUGAAACAUAUUCAUACUAUGGACCCCUCAACUGGAUCACCUUUAAUGUUGGCUAUCAUAUGGAACACCAUGAUUUCCCCAGCAUCCCUGGAUCUAGACUGCCAAUGGUAAAGAAAAUAGCAGCUGAAUAUUAUGACACUCUACCUCAACACCAGUCAUGGGUUCAUGUUCUCUGGGACUUUGUUUUUGAUGAUAACAUCAGUCCUUAUACAAGGGUUAAAAGAAAGUGCAAAUUGGUUUCUGAAUCUUCCUAGAUACCAACUCCAGCUUUUCCUCUCUGGACUUCUGCACCUUGAAAAUUUCUCCUUCGCAAACAUGAAUGAUGCAUUUUAUGUCUUAGGUAGAUGUAGCUGAUGUAUGUUUCUGAACCCAAAGGAUUGUCUUAAAUCUAAAUAUAAAGUAAUAUUAAAAUGAAGCUAACAAAAACCUUUUUUCUUUGCUAUUGUGCAAUACCAAACUCAGAUGCAGUCAGAGCACGGAGGACCCCGAAUUUAUAGAUUUGGAAAGUAGAGAGGAGAAAGGUGGCUAGCUCUGUAUAUUUUGACUAAUUAAAGUAUAUGGCUAGGAAGUCUGAUAUUGCAUGCAAUAGACUUCUCUCCAUCUCUGUAGUUAGUUACAUAGCGAAUUUUGCAAGUAGGGGAAGAUGGAAGAUCUCUGUGUAAUUAACUUUUAAGUAAUGUGCAAGUAUGUGGGAAUUCCCCACCUCAUACUGUUGUGAUGGGCAGUGGUUCUGAGAGCUAUAAAAAAUAUCCAUCUAGACCAGGGGUAUCAAACUUGCGGCCCGUGGGCCAGAUGCAUCACGUGCUGGCCAGGCCCAUGCCCGGUUUAGCAAAGUGGGGAAAAAGUCAUAUGUCAUGUGAUGCUGUCAGUUUGACACCC